AUGGCAACGAAUUGGGGACUAAUGGCCAUCAUCGGGAUCUUUUUAUUGAUUAUGUCAACUCAACGCCUUGGCUUUCUUCGGACAAGUGAUGAAACCUUCUUGCUGGAUAGUUCGGGAUGGGUUCCACACCGAGAAAUGGGCAUCCAGCAAAGGAAGCCUUGCAUUUCCAGUGCCCAAUGGAGCACACGCCCCGUAGAAGCCGUUGCAGGAAAACAUACCCAAUUACCGGCACACGAACAAAGGACCGGUAGUAAAUUGAUAGAGUGCUACUUUGAAGGCUCUUCUGUGCAAUCAUUUAACCGCAAACAGGUCGACAUGCAAUCUGCUCAAGGCGCCACACUUCAACAAAGUUCCAGCACCGCACGCCGUACGCCUCCGAAUCAAUCAGCGCAAGGCGUUACGCUGGUACCGGUGCCGGUAAGAAACGGACCGCCCGGUAAUGAUGGAAGAAAGUUUCCUGGAAUUGAUGGUGAGUAUUUUAUGGCCCGGGACGGUAUGUAUCGAUGCCUUCAAAAUGGCCUCCGUUCUCCACCGUUCACAGGAACGUUCGACUGGAGGAUGCGCUCCGGUCACCGAGUGGCGUCAUCAUUGAAGUUGUGGAUUUGUGGCAUGAUACGGUGUACCGGGCCGUUGCCACCCGAGCAGUCGAUAAACGAUGCACACCGUGCCGAAGGGCUUUACCAAAGUGCAACCGAGCUGAUUGGUAACGCCACAGACAGCGGUGGGUUGCGGGGUGUUGCGCACCUAUCUGGAGCACCCAGAGCACCAGAGCAAAACUUGAAAAGGCUUCAAAAUCACUUCAACCCACAGACAGGACCCAUCUGCGCUUCGAUCUUGAAAGUGGAACACAACACCACCGUUCAUGCAACAGAUGGACAGCGGUAUGGCGCAAUGUUCUCGUGGGAAUCGCCCGAAGGAUAUUGGUUGCGGCACGAAAGAAUUGAUAAACGGAAACAAUCUGAAGAGCUGUUUGGUAUCAACUUUUUGGACAACUUUGAUGACUUUGCUGUGUGGAACAUGUGUCCCAUGCCGGCGGUAAAGCUGUGCACGGUAAAUACCCUCGAGAGUCCGUUGCCGUCGAACGAUAGCGCCCAUACCGACGGAACCGACCGGGUGUCGAUGGAAGACUAUGUACACUACAACUGCAGCGAAGACGCUUCGAACCGAGGGGAACGCAUCGUAGGUGGAAGAAAUGCCGACACGGACGAUGCUCCAUUCCUCGUGUCCCUUAGAAAUCUUCACCAUGAGCGACGGUACGGCUUUGGAAGUGGGUUGUUUUGCGGUGGGUCAUUGAUUAGUGCCGACCGCGUACUGACCGCAGCACACUGCUUAAAGACGAGAGCGUCCAACAUGGCCGUAGUGGCCGGCAUACUGAAUCGGUUCGAUCGAUCCGAACGAAUGCAGCAACGGCGGGUGUUCCGACACCUGUCCCAUCCGGGCUGGAACUCAAGGACGAUGUACGCGGACAUUGGGCUCGUAUCCUUGCAAAGCCCGUUCCACAUCAGUGUUCCGUUUAGCUCCGGCAGUUUAAUGCCGAUCGAGCCGACAGACCGUAGACCAACCACCGGUGAGCGCUGUACCAUCUACGGCUGGGGCCGAACUCAAGAAGGUCCGAAACAGUUCCAGCCCGUCUGUCUCCAGAAGGCCGUCGUAACCGUGCUGGAGCUGGAGCGUUGCAACCGUUCCCUGCACCGGGUUGUAAACGUUCCGGACGGUACGUUCUGUGCCGGGAGCUUCGCGGGUGGAGUCGACGCCUGUCAGGGCGAUUCCGGUGGGCCGCUGGUCUGUGGCGGUGCACUUUAUGGAGUCGUUAGUUUCGGUUGGGGCUGCGGGAGAUCCCAUUUUCCCGGCGUGUAUACCGAUGUGUUCGUGUACCGCCGGUGGAUUGAAGCGUCGAUGGACAGCGACCCACGGACGUGGAACGGUGCCGGGCCUGUGUACGACCGUCCGGGAUGGCGAACCGUGCUGGGUGUAAUAAUAAUGUUUAGCACCGUACGGCUGUCGUAA